AUGGCGGACAUUGCUCGGGUCGUCGCCGUUGCUAAUCAUCAGCCACCAGAUCGCCCCCUGCAACAUAUCAAGGCCAAGGGGCGCCCGGUAUCACAGUGCAACCACUGUCGCUCAGAGCGCAAGAACAGGUCGGCGCACGUCAAGUGCCAGUGCGGCAAGCGGGCGUCCGAGGGAGGCUCAGACUGUGGUUGCUUCUCUGGUCAGAAGUGCAAAUGCGCGACCAAAAAGAGCCCAAAGCAAGAGCCCAAGAAACUGGGUGAGAUGUCGGAGAACAUUUCGGAGCUGCCCUCCCCAGUGAGCACGCUGAACACAGCCAGCCCUGCGCCGACGUCCAUCAGCGCAGAUCUCCAAUGGUCAGAGAUAACCACACCGGCAUCACAUUUCAUGCCGCUUGACGGUUUGGCGCAGUUUGAUCCCAACGAAUGGAUGACCAGCGCUCAUUUCGACACCUCUAUCAUACCCUCCCCAUCGUCGAAAAUGGCGGGCGCUCCCCUAAGGAUCGGCUACGUGCCGGAGCACUUCUCCACGCCCCUCUACUUUGCCCAGAAGCACUACGGCCUCGACGCCGUGCUGACCCCGUUCCCCUCGGGCACCGGCGCCAUGAUCACGGCGCUCCGCGCCAAGGAGAUUGACGUCGGCAUUGGGCUGACCGAGGGCUGGAUCGCCGGCCUCGGCAAGGAAGAUCUACAAGGCGACGGCGGCUACCGCCUGGUCGGCACCUACGGCGGCAAGAUUGGCGUCUCCCGCAUCGGCUCCGGCAGCUACGUCAUGGGCUUCGUCCUCGCCGACCAGCACGGGUGGCUGACCCCGCCAUCCUCCUCCUCCCACCCUCAGCAAACGUCGCCGUUCUCCGACACCGUGGUCCUCAAUACCUUUGCCCACCUCCGCGACGCCGUCAACUCCGGCGCCGCCGACUUCUUCCUCUGGGAGCACUUCACGCAGAAGCGCUACUUUGACGCCGGCGAGAUCCGCCGCGUCGGCGAGAUCUACACGCCGUGGAGCAGCUGGAAGGUCGUCGCGUCGACGGACCUGCCGGCGGGCGAUGCGCGGCUGGCGGCGCUGUUCGAGAAGCUGGACGCGGGCGUGGCGCACUUCAACGACAACGCGGAGGAGGCGGUGCGGUACAUCUGUACGAGCUUGGACUACACGGAGGCGGACGCGCGCGAGUGGCUCAAGACGGUGAGGUUCCCGGCGCGCACGAGGGGCGUCAAGGCGGAGACGGUGGAGGGCUGCGUGGCGGUGCUGCAGAAGGCGGGCGUGCUGGUGCCGGGCAAGGGCUUGCAGCCGGGAGACAUGGUGAUCUGA